AUGUUGACGCUUCACCUGCGGUCGCUUGCCUCCGAGCUUGGACUGGCCACUCGCCACGGCGACAUCCAAUGGCCAGUCGUCGCGGGCUGGGUCGGACUGGUCUGGUAUACUACCGUGACGCUGGUCUGCUCGCUGGGCACUUAUCAGAUAUGGAAACUCUGCCUCCAGAAACCCCAUAGAUCCACCACCUCCUCCGCUUCCCCAAAUGAUGCCCCUCACAUCACCGCAAUCCGCCCGGUCAAGGGCCUCGAGCCUCACCUCUACGAAUGCCUGGCCUCGACCUUCCGCCAGGACUACCCCCGCGACAAGCUGACCGUCUACUUCUGCAUCUCCUCGAAGAACGACCCCGCCUACCCGACCCUCCAGAAACUGGUGGCGGACUUCCCCCACGCCGACGCGCGGAUCUUCGUUGAGGACGACGACCCGCUCCUUCAGCAGCAGCAGCAUUCCGGUAAUGUUGCUCCCGCUUACGAGCUGGGUCCCAACCCGAAGAUUCGGAACAUGAGUCGGGCCUACCGGGAAGCCAAGGGCGAUAUCGUCUGGAUUAUUGACUGUAAUGUCUGGGUGGGAAAGGGGGUGUGUGGCCGGAUGGUGGAUAAGUUGUGCGGGACAACCGCCGGCGGCGGCAAACGGUACAAGUUCGUUCAUCACCUACCUGUCGCGGUGGAUGUGACGGGAUCGGAAGGUCUGAGGAGGAGAAGGGAAGGGGAGCAAGAGGCGCUGCGUGAGUCCUACACGAACGGCGGGGAUGAUGAUGCUGCUGCUUCUGCUGGCUUGGAACGCGGGGACACCGCCGCCGCCGGGCCUCUGACGACCGGGGGUGGCCGGCUGGAGGAGCUGUUCCUGUCGUCGUCGCAUGCGAAAAUGUACACCGCCAUCAACACCGUGCUCAUCGCCCCCUGCAUCGUGGGCAAGUCCAACAUGUUCCGCCGCUCGCAUCUGGACUACCUGACCGCAGCACCACCGUCGGCGGCGGCCGCGGAUCGGCGACGACGACGCAAUCCGGGCAUCGACUAUUUCUCCGACAACAUCUGCGAGGAUCACCUGAUCGGGGACCUGCUGUGGAAGAGUGCGGUGCGCGAGGAGAAGGAGCUGGGCCAGCGGUGGGGCAAGCACGCGAUGGUGUUCGGGGACCUGGCCUUCCAGCCCGUGGCCAACAUGAGCGUGCAGUCGUACGUGGCCCGCCGGGUGCGGUGGCUCCGGGUGCGCAAGUUCACCGUGCUGCUGGCGACGCUGGUCGAGCCCGGGACGGAGUCGAUCCUGUGCUCGUGCUACGGCGCGUGGGGGGUCACGACGGCGCUGGCGCAAUUCCUGGGCCGGAAGGGGUACCCCGCGGCCGAAGCGAUGCUGGCCACCUGGCCCGCGUUCUGGGCGUGCUUCGGGCUGAGCAUGCUCGGUUGGAUCGUCACCGACUGGCUCGUCUAUCUCAUGCUGCAUUCGGGCCGCACCGUCGAGCUCGACGAGGAUACCCCGUCCUUCGCGCGACCGCCCUCCCAAAGCAACACCACCCGUCGUCCGUUCCUGCAUUGGCUGGCCGCCUGGCUGGGGCGCGAGGUGCUGGCGUUGCCGAUCUGGGUCUGGGCGUUUUACGGAGGGGUCACCGUGACCUGGCGGGACCGUCGAUUUCGGGUCGGCCUCGACAUGCGGGUGCGCGAGAUUGUCGAUGGCGGUGCCACGACAAGCACGAUACCGGGUCUCUCGUCGUUACGAUCCAGCCCGUCGGCUGCGUCACAGGAUCGAAACAAGACACGACGAGAUUGA